AUGGCUGUUUCACCGAGGCUUGCCACCGCUGCGUUAAAUCGCACUUUUAUUAAUGCUCCUUAUACUGCGGUUGCCAUUAAAAAGUUAUUUGAAUCCUCCAAUAAAUUUCGCCAUGACUUUCAUGUUUCCCCUAACUCUUUGAUCGUUGGAGCUAAACGACGAUCUGACGGUUCGAUCCUUUCAAAAUCCAUUUUAAAUGCUGCCCCCUCAACCGGUAUUUCUCAGAGGCGCUUAUCUUCUUCAUCCACCGCUGUAGAUUCUAGUAAAUCAACUAUAGUCCCUGAUUUUUCUAAAUAUCGAAAGAAUGCUGAUGAAAAUACUUCUCGUGCAUUUACCUAUUUGAUGGUUGGAACUACUGGCGCUUUGACAGCUGUUGGUGCUAAAAAUUCUAUCACUGAUUUUCUCGUAAAUAUGAGUGCAUCUGCUGAUAUUUUAGCUUUGGCUAAAGUUGAAGUAGAUUUAACAAAGAUUCCUGAGGGUAAAAAUGUCGUUAUAAAAUGGCGUGGAAAACCUGUUUUUAUUAGGCAUAGAACUGCUAGCGAAAUUGCUGAUGCGAAUGCAACUCAGUUAAGUGAACUUAGAGAUCCUCAGAAUGAUUCUGACAGGGUUAAAAAACCUGAAUGGCUAGUUAUGCUCGGUGUAUGUACACACUUAGGUUGUGUUCCAAUUGGUGAAGCUGGUGACUAUGGAGGCUGGUACUGCCCGUGCCAUGGUUCCCAUUAUGAUAUAUCUGGUAGAAUUCGAAAGGGUCCUGCCCCACUUAAUCUUGAAAUUCCUGAAUAUGAUUUUGAUGGCGAAA